GGAAGUUGCGGAGCAUAAUGAGUCAUUACUCGCCCGCGUUCACUUCACACGUGAACACUAUCGGUGUCCGGCCGCCGUGGAGUGGGAGCCGAAAGCACCGAGGCCACGCGUCGACACGCACUCGUUGUUUGAGUUCGCGACGGGAACCGGCGGAGUUCACUCGAGCGACUCUGACCAGUGGCGCCGCGCGCGCUAACACGCCCGAGUGCGAGAGGUGGUGGUGGUGUGUGUGUGUGUGUGUGUGUGUGUGUGUGUGUCGGUGUGUGUGUCAGUUUGCGUGAAAGCCACCACUAGUCGCCCCCAGUGCUCUUCAGUCUCCACUCUCCCUUCUCACCACAGACUGAACGUCACGUCCGCACUUGAACUUGAGUUUUCUCCCAUUGUAGAAGCCAGAGAGCCGCACAGAGCCGCACAGAGCCGCGCACAGCCCGGGGAUGCGGGACUCCGCAGUUAUAACACAAAGAGAAAAGAGGGUGGCAGUGUGUCCUCAAAGCAGCGCCGGGCUUUGACUCGAAGACUUAGAGUCUAACCCGCGCGACCGGCAGAAGAAGUGUCCAGCACUUGGCGACAUCCCGACAAGUAGCAGGAAGAACAUCCGAUUCCUCUUUUAUACACUUUCCGGCGGUGACGGGCGCGCGUUCAGCCGCUUCUCCGGACGGGGACGCGCGGUGUCCAGCGUGGCCGGAGAGUGGACACCGGGAUCUGCCCGCCGAUGUCCCGCGCCUCUCCUCCGCUCCGCUCUGCGCUGACGGAUGGUGUGAGCGCGUGAGGCGCAGCCGGACUAUCCGCCGUCAUCGCCGCCGCUUCGCGAUCGACGAGGGCGAGCGCGCGACACCACUUUGGCGACAAACUCCGUCCGAGCGCCUCGGCCACGCAGCGCACGCGCCACGGCCGCUCGCCGCGGAGCGCAGGAGUCGCCGCCCGGAGGAGGCAGGUCAGCCGCGGACGGGGUCGGUCCGGCGGCCACGUGCGGGACGAGCGCAGAGCGGUCAGCUCGGGCUCCGCGCGCGGUCGGCACGCGGGAGCAGCAGCGGCAGCAGCGGGAGCGGGAGCGAGGGGGGGAGGAAGAGGAGAGCCGAGCCUUCCGACGCCGCUCUUCGGGCGAUGCCAGUGUAAAUGCCAGGGCGAUGUCCCGACGCAAGCAGGGGAACCCGCAGCACCUGUCCCAGAGAGAAAUACCACCAGAGGCUGAGCAUCCAGAUGGCGGCCUGCUCUCUGCCUCCAUAUCCCCACACAUGCUCGGCCUGCGCUCCCAUCCGCUCUGCCUGCCUCCGCACCCACUGGAACCUAGUCUGGCCCACGCGCUGCUGCCCAGCCUCCACGUCGACCACGACCUGCUGACCUGCGGCCAGUGCCAGAUGACCUUCCCGCUGGGCAACAUCCUCCUCUUCAUAGAGCACAAGAAGAAGCAAUGCCAAACGUCACUGCUGACCAACGGCUGCUACGACAAAAUGAGCGACCGGAGAGGAGGGGGAGGCGGGGGAGGAGGAGGAGGAGGAGGGGGGAGUCCCGCCCUGCAGGGCCUCCACCACCACGGCCAGCGGCUAGAGCCACGCAAGGUGGUGGAACCCGUGGAGAUUGGCAUCCAGGUGACACCGGAGGAGGAGGAGGUGGGAGGAAGAGGAGGAGGUAACAGGAGAGAGAACACGCCCACCAAAGACAUUUGCCCCAAGCAGGAGAACACACCAAUAGGUGGCAGGGAUGAGCCUUCCAGCUAUAUAUGUACCACAUGUAAGCAGACCUUCCCGAGUGCCUGGUUCCUGCUGCAGCAUGCUCAAAACACUCAUGGCAUUCGAAUCUACCUGGAAUCCAACCCCUCUAGCACAGCCCUGACUCCCCGCAUCACCAUGCCUCCACCAUUGGGCAACGACUCCAUCCCGCCGUCACCCCUCACCAACUUUCUUGGAGACAACAACCCAUUUCACCUCUUGAGGAUGACAGGGCCCCUGCUCCGGGAGCCUCCACCCGGCUUUGUGGAAAACCGCCUUCCCAACACACCUCCAUUCAUUAGCCCACCUCCCCGGCACCACUUGGACCCCCAUCGGCUGGAACGCCUUAGCGCAGAGGAAAUGGGCCUCAUCUCCCAGCACCCAAGUGCCUUUGAGAGGGUGAUGCGGCUAACACCCAUGGCCAUGGAGUCCCAGUCAAUGGACUUCUCCAGGCGGUUACGAGAGUUGGCAGGGAACACCAACAGCACCACACCUCCAUUGUCACCUAGCAGGGCCAACCCUAUGCACCGACUACUAAACCCAAACCCUUUUCAGACCGGGCCUAAAUCCCCCUUUCUGAGCACACCUCCCUUACCGCCCAUGCCCCCAAAUAGCACCACCCCUCCACAAACACAGAAUAAGGUCAAGUCCUGUGAGUUUUGUGGUAAGACCUUCAAGUUCCAGAGCAAUUUAGUGGUGCAUCGGCGCAGCCAUACUGGAGAAAAACCAUACAAGUGCCAGCUGUGUGACCAUGCUUGCUCUCAGGCAAGCAAGCUGAAGCGCCACAUGAAGACCCACAUGCACAAACCUGGAUCCCUAACAGGACGCUCAGAUGAUGGACUUUCUACUACGAGUUCCCCAGAGCCAGGUACUAGCGAUGUCACAGGGGAGGCCAUGAAAAAUCGAGACAGAGACUUUCAAGUGGAAGGCAAUGAAGAGGAGGAAGAGGAGGAGGAAGAGGAGGAACUUGAAAAUGAGAGUCGACCAGAAUCCAACUACAGCAUGGAGUCUGAGUUUUAUCGUAAUAGAGAGAAUGGUUCUAAACCAGCCUUAGAGGAGAAGACAUCACUCACGCUCGACAAGAUGGUGGAAGGUGCUGGGCUCAACUCCAUACAGCAGUACAAUAAUUUGAUUGUUGACAAUCGCAAAAGGAUGCCCUUCCCCAAGAGGGGCCCAGACGGCCAGACGGACACUGGAGAUGCUGAUUUAGUGGCUGGGGACAGGGACCACCUCCGCCAGGAAGAAAGGACAACUAUUAAUGGCCGGAACUGUGGCUCCGGUGACUCUUUCUCAGGCCUGUUCCCGCGUAAGCCAACUCCCAUCACCAGCCCCAGCCUGUCUAGCUCCUCAAAUAAGAGGAUCAAAAUUGAAAAAGACUUGGACAUCCCCUCAGCUCCCCACAUCCCCUCUGAGAAUGUCUACUCCCAGUGGUUGGUGGGUUAUGCUGCUUCACGCCACUUCAUCAAAGACCCUUUCUUAGGCUUCACUGACUCCAGACAAUCUCCAUUCGCCACCUCCUCUGAGCACUCAUCAGAAAAUGGCAGCCUACGAUUCUCAACGCCUCCAGGUGACCUGCUGGAUGGUGGCCUGUCAGGGCGUAGUGGCACCGCAAGUGGGGGCAGCACACCUCAUCUGGGUGGAGGUGGCGGCCCAGGCCGACCUAGCUCCAAGGAUAGCAGGAGGUGCGACACCUGUGAAUACUGCGGUAAAGUAUUCAAAAACUGUAGCAACCUGACAGUGCACCGGCGCAGUCACACUGGCGAAAGGCCCUACAAGUGUGAGCUGUGCAACUAUGCUUGUGCCCAGAGCUCCAAGCUCACGCGCCACAUGAAGACGCACGGCCAGCUGGGUAAGGAGGUCUACCGCUGUGACAUUUGCCAAAUGCCCUUCAGCGUGUACAGCACUCUGGAAAAACAUAUGAAAAAGUGGCAUGGAGAACAUUUGAUGACCAAUGAGGUCAAAAUUGAACAAGCAGAGAGAACCUGAAGUAGGUUUCCUUUUUGUCUACUGCGCCAAACUUUGACUUUUAAAAUAAACAAUAUGGGGUAGCUGGAUACUCUUUUCCUGAAUAUUAAUUUUGGGUUAUUUUUGUGUUUUUUGUCAACUGAGAAAAAAGUGAAAAUGGAGUUAUUAACACCAACUGAAGCUGUCGAAACUGCCCCAGUUGAUAUUUGUUUUAAAGCAAUCAACCGGUUAAGUUAUAACAUAUGUGGAGCCUUCAACUGUGCAAUAAUUUCUGUAUUUAUUGAAUUUUGUAUUUUGGUAUGUACAGGUACAUUUUUAUUUAGGCAUUUUGCGGUCAUUUGUUUUUCUUGAAUCUGUGUGAUAGCCUGAGUCUUUUUAGAAGAGAAGUCCAUUCUAAGUCAAAGUUUUUGGGGGCUGCUCGUAGGAAAUUGUAAAUUGUUUGGUUUCUUGAAGAGAGACAGAAUUCAAUAUUCAAUUUGAAAGCAGCAUUAACUGCUGCUGAAAUUAGUUUGUUUUGUGUGAUGAUGAUAUGCGGACAACAAUCCUUUGUCACUGUAGCAUGAACCGAAUCUAAAACAUGUCAAGAUAAUUGGAUAUGUAGCACUGAGUGUCAUAUUUGACAGUAAAUAUAAAAUUAAAGAGUAUCCCAAGGUUCAGAAAACCAUGUCUUCUCCCAAGUACACAAGGAACCGAUUAUAGAUGAAGUGGCUGCUGACUAGUAUCAAGCACUGACAACACUAUGAAGCCAUCAUUUUCACAUUCACAUCAUUUACUACCGUCUUACCUACAUACAUGCAUACAUCCUUGUAUUAUAUUUUUAAUGAAGUUACUAUAUUAUUCAUUGGGGGCAAACUGAGCAUGAAGCCAUGCAAAAAAAGAUGAGAUGAAAGAACAAGACAUUGGGCUUAGGGUGUCUCAGGGCUAGUCUUUAGUUGGCCACUUGUUACUACAUGUAUAUUGCAGAGGUAUUUAUGUUUCAUCUUGUGUUCCAAUCCAAUCCUGCGGGACAUCUGUGUCCUAUCAUUCAUUAUAUUUGCCUGCGUUCAUAAAUAAUAAUAAAGCAAAUGAACACACAAGUUAAAUGUAUGUAUUUACUGUAAAUGACAGCUGCCAUCCUUUAAGUGGAAUUGUGCAUAAGGUUAAUGUCUCAGAUUUAAAUUAGAAAGAGUGUCCAAAAAACUAAAAUCAUCACAUAAAAACUGUGCUAAAAUCUAUUACAGUUAGUUGAGUUUAGCUACAGUAACUAUAUAAUUGUUUAAUCUAAAUAAAUAAGUCUCCUCCCUAGAACCAGGGAUUUAAGUUUUACUGUUGCUGAUGGAAUAGACAGCAUGCUAUAUCACACAGUGAAGUUAAUACUAGUCAAGCAGGCUCCGUGCUCUGUUUGGUAUUCGAAAGAUCAUCACCCAUGAAUCUCAAAUUGUGGCACUUUUUUUGCAAAUUUUUUUUUAAAGACAGCUCUAAUUUGAUUGCUUUUCACGUUUAAAUCUCUCAACAACAACAGACCCGCACUUUAUAAUUUUUCCGUCCGAGACACGCACAGACACACGCAGCUGAGAUGGUACUGGAGGGUCUAGAGCUCGGGGUCUCCCCAUGUGGACAUGUCCAGGGUGUUAGGCUUGGCUUCAUACUACAAAAAGGAAAUUAGACAGUUUGUGUGCUGCCAUUCAAUUUGACAUGAGUGUGCCUUGUAUUGAUGAUCUUCCUAUUUAUUGUCUCAGACACAUGCAAUGAUUUUUAUAAAACAUCUAAUUGAACAAUGAAACUAUGAUAUAACUAACUUUAAAGUGUAAUUUGACAUUUUAACAAUUAUAUAAAUUAAUACAAAUGACACAAUGUUGACUUUAGGUUUAGAAAUACUCAGCACAAUAUUGAUGUGUCUGUGUGUGGAUAUGUAUGCAUAUGUACUUGUAAAGGCACAAACCUAUAUAUAGAUAUUUAUCAAAUUCCUCAAUCAUAAGGGCAAGAGUCAGUCCCUCCGAUUCCACAAGGGGAGAAAAGCCACAGAAAAUGUCAAGGAAGAGACAGGAUAAAAAUCAGGAACAGCAGAAAAUUAAUUUUUGUACACUCUAUGUUUAAAUACUUUUACAGUAUUGAAACAAGUACAAGGGUAAAAUACUAUUUGUGUGUGUGUGUGUGUGUGUUUUUUUAUUUCCUAAUUUAUGAUUCAAAGAUUUCCUCCGAAAGCCGAAGUGGCAAUUUGUAUAUUGUUUUUUUUUUGGUUCGAUUUUUUUUAGUAUAUAUAUAUAUAUAUAAAUAUAUAUGAAUAUAUAUUACAUUUCUCUUGUUUACUGUAAAAGUAUACCAGUAUUUGUAAUAUUGGAGAAUGCCUGGGCAUUUUACAAAAUAGAAAAAGUUUUUUAAUGUUGUUUUUUAAUUUUUUUAUUUUGCAGUCCAAUAAAUUGUGGGUCUCUUAAGCUGUUUUCUGUCACUGUAAUUGUAAAAGUCUUCAGUUUUAGUAACUUUAUUCUUGGGUGUAAUGAAAUAUAAAAAAAAUAAAUGCAUUAAAAACUGACUGAGCUGUUACACACCUGGGUUUGCUGGUGCUGGUAGUGGUAGUGGGUGGGUGGGUUACUGUGGGUGUGGGUUGGUGGGUGCUCUGUAAGCAGGGAGCUUUUCUCCUAUAAUGACAGAAGUUUGGUUCUGUUUCAGGAAAAAAAACUCAAAAUCCAUUCUUGGAUGCUUUCUUGGCGGGGAUGGAUUAUUCAUCAUGGAUGGUUUGAAAUAUAUGUAUAGACAGUUGCUGUCUUUAAAAUAGCGGGAUGUGUGCAUCCUUUAUGAAAACGGUACUGCGAGUACUGUACCUAUGGACAUCCUUCUCAUAUCAGGUGCAGAGAGUGAGUGACUUCAUUGUGAAAACAUAAUUCACAGGCUACUUUUCCUCUCAACCAGAACCUGAUGAAUCUGUACUGUAAUAAUGAUUCAGCUGUACAAAAGAUGAUUGACAAAAGGUUGCUUGGCAGCCUUUUAGUGACAAAAACAGAAGUUGAUGUUUUGUUUACUGCUCCACUGGUUGUACAUAGUUUUUUAUGACUGCACUGUUUUCAAUUUGUUUGACUUUUUUCUUUUAUUUGUUUGUGAUUUUUAACCGGCACUGGCGAUGACUUCCUGUGUGUUGGGGGUGUGGGGUUUUUUCUUUGACCUUUGUGACCUCUAAUGUCAGUUUUCAGGCAAAUGCCUUCCCCCUCCCGUUGAUAUAUUUCUCGGCAUGAGAACAGAGCACAAAUACAAGCUGUUUCAAUUCUG